AUGAAUGAUACAACUGAACUGAUAGAAGUGAAUGGACAUCAAGAUAAAAACAGUUCGCCGUCUUUCCUCCAAUUGCUCAAUGCUCCUCGAAACUCAGUGUGCAAUGCAGCGACAAUUCACAGUAUCUCAUCAUUCAGAUCCGAUCAUGUCUCCCGAAAAUCGACCGUUAAAUAUUUGGAUAAUCCCAAUCUUUUUGCCUUAGAAUUGGAGGAAAAACUAUCGCAACCAUGGAUUGAAAAUACAUUCGAGAAGCGCGAAUGCAUUCGAUUUGUCGGCCAACAAAAGAAUUCUGAACGAUGCGGAUGCGGACGUCUUCUGUCGGCACAUUCAACGGCAUCGAUGACGAGAUUCUUCGUGGCUCCGCGAUUGACACAAUUCGAAGAAAAUGAAACUUGGACAAUUGCCAAUAAUACUCAAACUUCGCCGACAGAUGCCUUUGGCACAAUCGUAUUUCAGGGUGGAGCUCAUGCUCAUAAAGCUCAAUAUGUCAGACUCUCAUAUGAUUCUGAUCCUCUCGAUGUCAUGUACUUAAUGGAAAAAGUUUGGGGAAUCGAAGCCCCUCGUCUAGUAAUUACUGUGCAUGGAGGAAUGACCAAUUUCGAAGUUCAAGAGCGAAUGGGUCGGCUAUUCCGAAAAGGGGUUCUUAAAGCUGCACAAACGACCGGAGCUUGGAUCAUAACUAGUGGAUUGGAUUCGGGAAUCGUUCGACAUGUCGCAAAAGCAUUGGAUGAAGCUGGAAUCUCAGCGAGGAUGCGCUCGAGAAUUGUCACAAUUGGAAUUGCGCCGUGGGGAGUUGUUAGGAAGAAAGAGCGAUUGAUUCGGAAGAACGAAGAUGUCCAAUACGAUGUGCACUCACUGUCAGCAAGCGCAAGUGUCGGAAUUCUCAAUGAUCGUCACUCAUACUUCCUUCUGGCUGAUAAUGGAACGGUUGGAAGAUUUGGAGCAGAUUUGCACCUGCGUCAGAACCUUGAGAACUACAUUGCAACGUAUGGUUCGAAUGGAAGGAAGGUUCCAGUGGUUUGCACGGUGCUCGAAGGAGGAAUCAGCUCGAUCAAUGCAGUUCAUGACUACGUGACAAUGAAGCCCGACAUUCCUGCAAUCGUUUGCGAUGGCAGUGGUCGAGCUUCUGAUAUUCUCUCAUUCGCUGCGAGAUACAUUGCUCCUGAUGGCACAUUCGCGGCAGAAGUGCAUGAAAAACUGAGGAAUCUCAUUAAAAUGGUGUUUCCUGAUCAUGAUACCGAUGCAUUAUUGAAAACGAUUUGCGAAUGCGCGGCUCGAAAAGAUUUGCUUCGAAUUUUUCAAUACAGCGAAGAAGAAUCGGAAGAUGUCGAUUAUGUGAUCCUUUCAACUGUUCUAGAGAAACAAAAUUUGCCCCCUGAUGAGCAGCUGGCACUGACAUUAUCGUGGAAUCGGGUGGAUUUGGCGAAGAGCUGCUUAUUCUCAAACGGUCGCAAAUGGUCGGCAGAGAUUCUUCAGAAAGCCAUGAAUGAUGCGCUUCAUUGGGAUCGCGUCGAUUUUGUCGAAUGCCUUCUUGAGAACGGAGUUUCGAUGAAAACAUUCCUGUCGAUUGAUGUUCUUGAGAAUUUGUACAAUCUUGACGAUGUGAACAGUCCGCAUUGCGUUCGGAAUUGGUUCGAAGGAUUCGAUGUUCAAACUUAUCUAACGAUUCCGAUGAUUGGAAACCUUGUCGAGAAAUUGAUGGGCAAUGCUUUCCAGCAUUAUUAUACAUCGAGGUCAUUCCGAUCAAAGUACGAUCGGUACAAGAUGUUGAGACAGAAUUCAUACUUCUAUAGGAAACGUCGAUUCAAGAAUAAGGAAGAUUUCAAAAUUGAUCAGAUUGGCGAAAAUGGAAUGACUUCCGAGAAUCAAGAGGAUUUCAGUUUUGCAUUUCCAUUCAACGACCUUCUUAUUUGGGCGGUUCUUACUAGACGACACGAUAUGGCAAAAUGUAUGUGGGUGCAUGGUGAAGACGCCAUGGCGAAAUGUCUCGUUGCUGUGCGACUGUAUAAGGCGACGGCGAAAAUUGCAGAGGAUGAAUAUUUGGAUGUGGAGGAAUCGAAAAAGCUGUUCGACAGCGCGAUAAAAUGUCGCGAAAAUGCUAUUGAAUUAGUUGAUCAGUGCUAUAGGAAUGAUCACGAGCAGACUUUGAGACUUCUCCGAAUGGAGUUGCCCCAUUGGGGAAAUCACAAUUGCCUCUCAUUGGCGGUGCUGGCGAAUUCCAAAGCGUUUCUCGCACAUCCAUGCUGUCAAAUUCUGCUCGCUGAGCUCUGGCACGGACCAUUACGAGUGCGAAGUGGAUCGAAUCUUCGCGUGCUCACCGCGCUGUUGUUUCCACCAGCAGUUCUCCAAAUGGCGUAUAAACCAAAACGGGUGAUUGUCAAGAAUGAAGAGAAUGAAGAAAAAGAAAAAGUUGGCGACAUGUCGGCGUUUCGGACCAACAGUAUUGUCAGUGCCAAUUCGGCAAUUAAUAAGAUUCGAUCGCACAACACUAAUUUUGACGAAACUCGAGAUCUUCUUGAAAGCGGCCAAACGAAACGAGUCAAAAUUGUGUCUUCUAGAAGGAACAGCGGCGGUGCUAGUGUAUACGGUAGCCAGUCUAGUAUGAUGUUCAAGAGAGAACCGAAACUCUCAAAAUUCGAUAGAUUCCAUGCCUUCUACUCUGCACCAAUCACCAAAUUCUGGUCAUGGUGUAUUGCGUUUUUGGUGUUUCUAACGGCCCAAACCGGAAUUCUUCUUGUCGAGACCCCACUGAAACCAACGAAAUACGAAUGGCUCACCCUUGUCUAUGUUGUCACAUUGUCGGUGGAGCAUCUAAGAAAAUUGUUGACUUCGGAUGGAUCUCGAAUUCAGGAAAAACUCAAAGUGUUUUAUGCGAAAUGGUACAACAUCUGGUCAUCAGCAGCCCUAAUUUUAUUCCUGAUCGGUUUCGGAUUCCGUUUGUACCCACCAUAUCGGCAUUCCGUCGGCCGAAUUCUUCUGAGCUGUAGCAAUGUUCUAUUUUAUAUGAAGACUUUCGAAUACCUCUCUGUACAUCCAUUACUUGGUCCGUAUAUUCAAAUGGCUGGCAAAAUGGUUUGGUCCAUGUGCCAGAUUGUCCUUUUGCUCACUGUCACUCUUAUGGCUUUCGGUGUAUCCCGUCAGGCCAUCACUUAUCCCCACUCAAAGUGGAGCUGGAUUCUAGUCAGAAAUAUUUUUUACAAGCCUUAUUUCAUGCUUUACGGUGAAGUGUACGCCGGAGAAAUUGACACAUGUGGAGAUGAAGGUUUAAAUUGUGUUCCGGGGGGUUUUAUUCCGCCUUUCUUGAUGGUUGUGUUCCUACUCGUCUCCAAUAUUCUUCUCUUAAAUCUUCUUAUUGCAAUAUUCAAUAAUAUUUAUAAUGAUUCAAUCGAAAGAUCAAAGGAAAUUUGGCUGUUUCAGCGUUAUGGCCAACUGAUGGAAUAUCAUGACAGCCCAUUCCUUCCACCUCCUUUCAGUAUAAUAGCACAUGUUGUGAAUUUCGUAAUGUAUCUCUGCACACUAAGAACCAAAAAAGUGAACCGUCCACGAGUGACUUCGGCCUAUUCAAUUAAACUCAUUGUUAGUGAAGAUGAAAUGAAACGUCUUCAAGAUUUUGAAGAGGAUUGCAUCGAUACACUGACAAGAAGUCGUCGAGUUCUGCAGAAUUCAUCGAAUGACUUGAAUACGGCUGAUUUAACGGAGUUGACGUGUCAGAGAGUGCAAGAUUUGAUGCAGGAGAACUUUUCUUUAAAAGGAAGAAUUUAUGAAUUGGAAACCAAAAUUGAUGUGAUAGCAGACACGACAGAACUUAUUGUGAAUUCUCUGAAAACAACUAAGAGUCAUUUUGUAUCAUCUCUGUCACUUCCUGACACUACAAUUGAAGUUCCGAAGCUUUCACAAACUUCGGAUGGAAAUCAUUUGGCAGCUGUGAACGAGGAUCGUUUGAAUAAUAGCCGGUCACCUCUGAUUGCAAAUUUGCAUAGGGACCACACUCUUCGCAAAUACGACGAUGCAAACUUCCAAGCAACAACUUUGCAGCGCCGUCCAAGGCUUCAUUCAUCGUCAUUGUCAAUUUCACAAGAUAUGAGAGACAUGAAAAACUCUGCUUCAAUGAGAAAUCUGAAACGUCAAGGUUCGUCGAUAAUUUCAACACCGUCUGAAGACGCGGGCGGAUAUGUGACAGAUGAAUCAGAUGCGUCUUAA